UUUGAUUAAUUAGAAUAGAGUAAUUUAACUAAUAUGAACAAUAUAACAGAACGUACUUUAUCCUUAGGGUUCCACACAUGGGGAAUGGCUGCCGCCAUGGCAGUUCUUUUCUCUUCGCAUGGAAAAUCCAAGAUGAAUUGCCUUACUCGGCAGAACGCCGUCGAGCAAUGGACUGCAAGAUUCUCUCUAGGGUUCGCUUCCAGGUGCUACCGCUAGAGCCGUUUGUUCCCUAUCGGCUUGCGCUGAGGAGCGGGGCCGAUUUCGGCCAUUCUUUUUGUAAUAGUCCAGAUCUAACAUACAUCAAGGGGAUGCAGCAAGCAAGAGGGCAGCCGGGAUAUUGGCAAUGUAGCCACGGAUCAGGUGUUGACAGAUUUGUUUCCGGCCCUCGGCAAGGGUGAUGAAUAGACGGGGAGCGAUGAAGUGCUGAUCAAGGGAGAAUACAGAUCAGCGGUCCGCCCCCCUCCUGAACCGCCGCCUUGGAUUGAUCGAGAUAUCGGGGUUUGGAAGAUGAUUUUUCAAGAAAACAUUCAGAAGGAAGUUUGGAGUAUUCGUCAGUUAUUCUAAUUUUUAUGGUCUUAUUCUCGUGUUAGGUUUGCUUACGGCGUUUCGUUUUUUAUUCAGAACUUUAGUUUUAAGUCUACAAUAGUGAUUGUCAAUUCUGCUAGAUAUUAUAUCAUUAGAAGAAUCUAUAUGACCAGUGAUUGCUGUGUCACACCCGCUUGGUGGUUAACGAUUCGUAUUGCUCUUUCAAGGAUGAUCGUCUCAGAGUCUAGCCGUAGGGUUGUUUGUAAAUGUUGGUUAG